CGAGUAGAGUCAUUUCGAUCCUGGUAUUUAAUGGGUGGAGGCAACCAUCGCUCUCUCGAAGAAUCCAUAACCACCCUUUCUGUCUGUUCUACUCUCCAAAUUAUCCGAACACCCUCUCACGCUGAGUUCUCAGGUCGGUUCCGAUCCCGACAUGGUCGAGAUCAAGCACGAUCCAGAGGAGGCCGCCUCCAGCUCAGAUGUUCGAGACGAUGCUAAAUACAGGCUUAUAUAUGCAAAGUCCAAGGUGUAUGUUAACCCUACUGCAUACUCCAAAGAUAAUAUCCCUGGCUUUGCUGUCAUCGUGAAGAGGGAGGCUUUCACCGCGACCUACCUAUUGGCUUGGAUCCCGGAGACGCUACUCAGCGAGAAGGGAGAGGGAGAAUGGGACAAAUUCUUGCGUAUGGAGGACCGACCUGUGUUGGACGAAUCGGAUGAUGAAGACGCUGUUCUUAUUGAACUUCCGACAUCGAGACCUGAAUCAUACGCAUUUUCUGUUCCUCUCAGCUCCAUCUACUCUCUCAUCGUUGUUCCGCCUUCGCUCAGCUCGUGGUACGGCUCCAUUGGCAUCAACCUGACCAACGGUGCCACACUACCUACCCUCCACUUUCACGACGAUGAAUCUCGCUCGUUCACUGUGCCCAAGAGUCCCGCGGUAGAGUCUCAUUCUCCCCCUUCAACCUCAUAUCCCCCGCCUCCUUCCGCGGCCGCCCAGGCUGCCACUGGCCGGCCUGUGACUUCAUGGGGAGGGGAUGACCUCCUCGCCCGUAUUCGCACAUAUGCUCAUCUCCUGCGCUCGACAUUGCAACCCACUCUCUUUCUCGUGGACCCCUCGAAGGCGGAUAUUGAGGCCCAUUCUACCUAUCUCUUCUCGGAUGACGCCGUUGACGACAUACUAGCUCGCUCGUCAUACACCAAUUCCCAUUCACCUGUGCCUUCCCAUCGCAGACCACGUCCAAUCUCUACUCCUGGCGUGCAGAACCCUUACUCUCAACAUUCAUCCAUACUUCAUCGGUCGAUGCCUCCAGCAGCUUCACCAUCGGCUUCGCAGGCGCGCAUGGCCCUUCUCCAGUCAUUUGCCAAUAUCACUCGUGCCACUCGCCAUGCGGCUCAUAAUAUACUCUCUCAUCCUUUGGCCAAGCCUAUAGUCCCGCAUCUUCCUGACCCCGUCAGAAGCCUUGUUAAUGCAAACGGUGAUCUCGAAUGGGGAAGUUGGGUUGAGAAGGGCGGUGUGGGCGAGUUCGAAAGUGCAAGAGUAUACCUUGCUCGGUGGGCUCGCAUCGUAGCCGAAGAGGGCGAACGUGCUCGUCGACGGGAAGCACAGGCCAUUCCCGCUUCGACUUCGGCCACUGUCUCGGAAGAGACAUCUGAGCUAGGCGUCUUCGAGCUCUUGCAUACCACUGCGAACUUACCUACGCCCAAGUCUUCGAGAGAUCCUAAACAUCCUAUCGAUGAAGAGACUUGGGCCUCUUGGUUCGAUGAGAACGGGAGACCGACAAUUCCGAGGGAGGAAAUGAAAGCAGCGGUAUUCAGAAGGGGAGUGGACGAGAAGGGGACGGUGAGGAGGAAAGUGUGGCCGUUCAUGCUAGGGGUAUAUGAGUGGGAUGUUUGUGAAACGGAGAGGAAGAGUAAGUGGGAGGAGAAGCUGCUGACAUACCAUCAGACAAAGGAUGAGUGGUUCGGGAUUCCCGAAGUAUUUGACCGCCAAGAUGUCAUCGAUGAGCGGCAUCGGAUAGAUGUGGACUGUAGACGCACAGACCGAUCUCAUCCGCUCUUCGCAUCCCAGCCAAACGCCCCAUCACCAAGUUCCGAUCCUGAAAAACAAUUGCACCGACGAUAUUCGACCAUCUCUCCAGCUCCACAAGAGAUUGGUGCUCAGUCUCCAUCAAAUGAGCAUAUCGACCGCCUUGGCAGCAUUCUCCUUACCUAUAACUUCUACGAGAAGGAACUCGGAUACGUGCAGGGCAUGUCGGAUCUUUGUGCUCCGAUCUAUGUGGUCAUGGGCGCCGACGAAGGGUUGACGUUUUGGUGUUUUGUGGAAGUCAUGAACCGAAUGAAGAAGAACUUCCUCAGGGACCAGAGUGGGAUGAAGAAGCAGUUGUCGACGUUGCAGCAGCUGAUUGAGAUGAUGGAUCCAGAAUUGUAUCGUCACCUCGAGAAAACCGACGGUUUGAACCUAUUUUUCUGCUUCCGAUGGGUCCUGAUAUCGUUCAAGCGCGAGUUCCCCUUCGAAGAUGUGUUGAGUUUAUGGGAAGUCCUGUGGACCGAUUACUACACCGCCGAUUUUGUUCUGUUCGUGGCUCUUGCUGUCCUCGAAUCCCACCGCGACGUCAUCCUUCGAUAUCUUGUGGAGUUCGACGAGAUUCUGAAGUAUUGCAACGAGCUCAGCAUGACUAUAGAACUCGACAGUACCCUUGCCCAAGCCGAAGUUCUCUUUCUUUCCUUCGCACAGCUCGUUGAAGACAUGGACCGCCGUCGUGCGGAGUCUUCAAUCCCUGGAGCAGGCAACGGCGGACUUCUCCGGAAACGCAAGCCUGUUCCUGGUCGAGCUCAAAGCCAGCCGACAGUGGAAGCGGUAGGAAUACCGGAGUUGAGCGCAGAGUUGAGAGAGGUUCUAAUGAGUGGAUGUGGCAAUUGUUGAAUGGAGGGUUGUUAGCAUGUUUUCGAUACGCAUAUGGUUUUCCUGGUGCGGAUACACCUCUCUUGUUGCUCGACAGUUCGAUGAACUGAUUGUACUAGUUGAUCCAGUAUCCAGAGUUCUUGAAUCUUGUGGACCGUCAUAGCAUUGGCAUUGUUGUAUGUAUGUAGACACGCC